ACAUGACCGGAAAUGGAUUAAAUGUUUACGUGUUGCUAAGGGUGAUGUUGCUAGGGAAACCGGUAUCUUGGAGACGUUGUUAGAAAAGUUUUCGUUCGCAAAGAGGAGGUGGCAGAAUCGCAUCGGAAUUCGCGGCGCUGAGAUCCUGGGUUUUUUCGGCAACUUUUCAAGGAAUAAUACCCCACCUUUUAAGUCUAAGAUUAAGGAGAUAUGACCACCGAACAAAACGAGGAAAAAGUUUUACAGAUUGCUGCGAGAGAAAGAGGCCCCGGGCCCGGUCGAUAUGGACUCCCUUCGAUGUUGGGACAUCAACAACAUGACUGUAGACGAGUCAGAAAGCCAGCUUAUUCCUUCGGUCAUCGCUUGGAAAAUUCAAUGUUCAGGAAAGACUGCAGCCCUGGACCUGGGUAUAAAGUUGAUCCUCGUAUAACAAGGGACGGAGUUGAUGGAACGCCAAGUUAUUCCAUCCUGGGGCGACAGAAAGAUGCAAUGUCAUUCAAGACACCAGCACCAGGGUCCUACUCCCCAGAGAAGGUCCACCCUCAAGGAGAGAGAUAUGCCCCAGCAUGGUCAUGUGGCUCGCGAACAAGAUACAGAAAACGGGACUCCACCCCAUCACCCAACUCUUACUCGUUGCCAACGCAACUUGGAUCAAAGAUCCCAAACAAAUUCUCAUCAGCAUCAUACUCUAUGACUGGAAGAGCCAAGGCAGGUGGAUUUGCUGAGGAUCUUGCUAAGACCCCUGGGCCUGGAAAUUAUCGCACAGUUGAUCCAAUUAUCUACAAAAAGAGAGACCCAGCUUAUUCCAUGAAUGCUAGAAGUUACAUGCCAGGAGAUUCUACUCAAAAGCCUGGACCGGGAGCCCACAGCCCUGAGAAGGUGUACAUGAACAAACCCGCUGCUCCAAAAUUCUCACUUGGAAUCCGUCACAGUGAAUUUAUAACACCUCUUAUCAUUGAUGUUACAGACUAAAUGUUUACCUCUUAUUCCCAGUUCAGUUUUUAUUCUUUUCCCCUUUCUUUUACUGUUAUUUAGCCUCAAACAAAACUGAAUUCUUUUUUAUCAAUUCAAGUUUGAAAAAAUUUUUUUGAUCCUUUUUUUUUUCUUUUUGUUAGGCCAUAAGUUUUUAAAUCCCAUUGAGGAGUUGCAGUAAAUCCCAGACUUUUGAUCUGUAUACUGCUAAAUUAAAUUCAUCAUAAAAUAUACAUUUGGAAUUUAAUUUGGAUCAGGAUUUUCAUUUUACAAAUGUAUUGCCUCAAGAUUUUAAAAAACAACAGUGAAGAUAAUAACUGCAAAUCAUUUUCGUUGUGUUACUAACACUGGCCUCUUUCAUUUUACAUCUCCUACACAACAAUUGAAUGUUCCAAAAAUCAUAUAGUUAUUACUUAAAGGAGUGCUAUGCCCUAACAAUUUGCUGCCUGUAAUUGAUGCUUGUGAAGUAAGAGAUUUCCUGCUUUAUUUACCUACUAUGUAAAUUUGUUAAUAAAAAAAGUGAAAUUAUUGUCA